AUGAGGUUAGUCACUCCCUCCCUCUUACUUAUCGCAUUGGUAAUUCAUCAUGAUGUACUCGCUCUUACAAGGCCAGGUAAAAACUUUUGAAAAAGUAGCGAACAUAAAAGUAAACCUUUUAGAACGGCACAGACAUCGACGCCCACAUAACGACUCUCCUCACGGUAAGUAACUUAAGGCAGAUUGUCGAACGCCCAAUUGGCCUCUACAGAACAUCACAACAAAACAAAAAAUUCAACAAAGCCUGUCAACGGUGAUCAUGAAUGCAAUCAUUAUCCUGGCUUCCCUACACCACCAGAAGGAUUCCCUCUGGACUGUGGUAAUAGUACGACCAGGAAUCCAAAUCAACCAGCUACCACUCCAUCACGAAACCCUCCAACUGGUGAGAAUCACGAAUAAUUACGAACAUAGAACGAGAUAAUUGCAGUGGAUGACUUCACAUACACUCCACCCUCAGUAGAUCCGGGAACGCCGGAGACUACUUUGACGCCGCCAACAGGAACUCCAGGAAGCCCAUCGACCGAGCACACUACCUUGACGCCGCCAACAGGAACUCCAGGAAGCCCAUCGACUGAGCACACUACCUUGACGCCGCCAACAGGAACUCCAGGAAGCCCAUCGACUGAGCACACUACCUUGACGCCGCCAACAGGAACUCCAGGAAGCCCAUCGACUGAGCACACUACCUUGACGCCGCCAACAGGAACUCCAGGAAGCCCAUCGACUGAGCACUCUACCUUGACGCCGCCAACAGGAACUCCAGGAAGCCCAUCGACUGAGCACACUACCUUGACGCCGCCAACGGGAACUCCAGGAAGCCCAUCGACUGAGCACACUACCUUGACGCCGCCAGCAGGGAACUCCAGGAAGCCCAUCGACUGA